UGUUUAGUGAGUUGGCUAGAACAUAUUUUCCAAAAUUAUUAAUUAAUAUGUCUGAAAAUAGCGAUAAAUUUGAUAUAAAAAUAGUGAAAAAUAAUUUUGAGUCUGCACUUUUGAAUGAAGACGAUGUCCGUCUUCAAGAAUACCUCGAUAGUUUCGAGGAACUCAACAAAUUUUUUACGUUAAUGGGAGUGAUUUUCCGUUUUGUCAGUAAAGAUUUAAAAGACAAGAUGGACCUGCUGAAGGAACUUCUCUCGCAUUCCGAAAAAAACUUUACUAGCACGAAAGAAAUGAUAGAGUAUGAAAAAAAUAACGAUUUAUUGAAGAAAAAAGGUUACACCUCUGGGUCACGUACGGUACUUAGGCUACAUCGAGGUUUAGAUUUCAUGAAAUUAUUUUUAAAAAAACUUGGAGAUUUGAAAGAUGAUGAGAGCACUUGUGCAAGUUGUAAAGAGGCAUAUGAACAAACAUUAGCAAAACACCAUCCGUUUAUUAUUAGAUCAGGGGCAUAUGUUGCCAUGUACUCAUUACCUACUAGAGGUGUCCUAUUGGCACAGGUGUGCGGAGCUCCAGAAAAUGUUCAAGAAGCUAUUGAUUUGUUGCCAGCCACUUUGGAUUCCAUUUCCGCCGUUUUCGAAAGGAUAGAAAAUUUAUACACCUCGUAUGAUCUCCAUAAAUUGCCUUAAAAAGCCAUACCAAAAAUUUAUUGGGCUAUAAAUUGAAUACCAAUGAUUUAUAAAUUGUUCUGAAUACUUAAAAAAAUCUAAUAUAUUGACCUAGUACCUAAUUGUAUAAUAUCUUAAGAAUAAAAAGUUUUUGAGCUC